CAUAGAAACAGAAUAUAAUCGAGAACGUAAACAAGUUUUAGUAAUUGAACGUAAUAUUAAUCUAGUAUGCUUCGAGUAGUAAAUAACAAUAAAGUUCAUCCGGUUCGAAAGCUGAAUAAAGGAUACUGCAUUAUUUCGUGCAGUUAAUUUUAUUUGCUAUCAAUAUGCUAGUUUACGACAUUUUACGCGCCUGAUCUAUUAUUUAUACAUUUUUCGCGGCAAUUUUAAUUUAUCUUUUACAAAGCGAAGGUCGAACAUUUGACAUUUUGCGUCAAGGACACACGGUAUAAGAACUGUAUACCGCAAUUUUGUAACUAGCAUUAAUGACGUGAACAACGAGGUUAGAAAUGCUUUCGAUUUAUUAACGAUGAAAAGUUAUACAUUUCUCAUGCUUGGCAGAGUGGAAUGUAUACUGUAGGUGUAUGUACAUAAAUUUCGAUUAAAAGUAAAAGUAUCGUGGAACGUGAAACAUUUCGGUGUUCCUUCAUAGUGAUGAGUUAAACGUGUUAUUAAGAUGCCGUUUAAGUUUCAUUUGAAGAAAAGUCGACAGUAUAAUGUGGUUUCAAAGAACCAAUAUGUGAUCUGCAUCGAGUUAUUGGAUACCACUUCUAUAGAAUGUACAUUGAGCAUUGACAGUCUCGGUCAAGAAUGCUUAGACAAUGUGACACAACGUUUAGGCUUGGGACAGCCAGAGUUUUUUGGUCUGCGUUACAUCUCCCGCCAUGAUUCCCUCUCUCCAAGAUGGGUAGACAUGGACAAACCGUUAAAGAAACAAUUGGAAAAGGAGGCCAAAAGUUUCAGCUUAUAUUUAAGAGUGAUGUACUAUGUUACAGAUGUGCAACUUAUUCAAGAUGAAAUGACAAGGUAUCACUAUUACCUUCAGUUGAAGAGUGAUGUUUUGGAAGGUAGAUUUCAAUGUAAUUCCAGACAAGCUACUCUGUUAGCAAGCUACUCAAUGCAGGCAGAAUUUGGUAAUUAUGAUGCAGAACGACACACAAUGGAAUGUCUUCAACAAUGCACACUGUUUCCCAAGGAUGUAAUUCAAGCAGAUCCUGGAGGUCUAGAUUCUCUUUUGCAUACUGCUGUAUGCCAAUACAAGAAUCUCAUGGGUGUUACUCAAGCUGCAUCGGAGGAAUUAUAUAUUUCUAUUGUUAUGCAGUUAGAGGGAUAUGGAAAUGAAACAUUCUCGACUAAGGAUAACGGUAACAACGAGGUAAUACUCGGGAUUUCUAUCAAUGGGAUCAUGGUUAUUUAUCCUAAUACUCAGUCAACACAAUUCUACAGAUGGAAAGACAUAAGCAACGUUAUUAAUCAUAAAAAGACGUUCAGAAUAGAAUGUCAAGCGGAAGGCGAGGAGCCAAAACAAUUUAUAUUCAACGAAUCGCGCAAUGCAAAAUAUGUGUGGCGUUUAUGUAUAGCACAACACACAUUUUAUAUGCAACACCAAGAAUCUCGUCCAUUAGAAAGAUCGACAAACGGGUAUUUUGAUAGCGAUACAAACGAUUCAGGGGAUCAUGCAGUGUCCGUAAAUUUGGACAAUAGGAACAUGGAGGGUCACACACGGUGGACAAGUUAUAAUGAUUUAUCAACGUCGCCAUAUCCUGUCGUGUCCGUAUCAUCGACGGACAUAAACAACUUACGUGCCUUACUCCCAUCGUACAGACCUGCUCCUGAUUACGAGACUGCUGUUCAAAUGAAAUACAAUAACGGGGGAAACCCUCCCCAACCUUAUUACGCUAAUCAAUCAACUAUUGUUGGAGCUGAUAUUUCGUGCCUUCUCGGUAAUGUUGUUAAUCGAAAUAGAUACUAGAAUUUUUAACAUAUACAUUCUGCGGAAAUAGUUGUACAAACACAGUCACUCUAAGUAUUAUAAAUGUUUCCAUGGAACAGUAUUUUCUAGCAAUCAUUCUUACAGAUAUAUAUUUUCAUUAAAAGAAAGAAAUAGGAAAUCCUAUAGAGAUUAACAGUAAAGACUGAUACGCACAAUUAUAGAAAUUGUUUUUCCAUUCUGUAUGAUCAAUUUAACGGUAUGUUAUUUUUAAGCAUUAGUAUUUUAUUGUAGUCUUGCUUUAAGUGUAUGCUGAAAAACGUAUUUUAAAAUUCCCUUUAGAUAGGGAAGUAAAUGUUCCAAUUAUAUCAGUGUUCAAAAUAAUACAAUGUUAUAUCAUACACUAAUGUAUCAUUGUUAAUGUAUAACUAUUAAAGGAUAUUUUAUUGUAAAUACAUUGUAACCUUAU